CUCUUUACUACAGCAUUAUAGGAUUUAUAGUGAUACCACUGGAUACCACCACCAGGACACCAGCAGACCAGCAGCAACUAAACACCAAUAUCAUCAGCCCUGCCAAUGUUUACACACUUUACUCACAUACAUUCAUAUAUAAUGUCUUGUGUCUUGUUGUAUUACUACUAUAUAUACAUAUAUAAUACUUGUAUACCAGCCAGUGUAACUCGAACGACUCGAACUAACUGUCCCUCGGUAGUUGGUGUCCCAAGUCUCCAGUCCCCAACUCCCCAGUCCCAAUAACCAGCUGCCAGUUGCUUCGUUGCUUUCAUCCAGUCAACAGUCAGCAGUUAGCAGUCAGCCGUCACGAGUUGUUGCAAUAUUUAUUUACUUAUAUUUUAAUUCAUCAUCAAUUAGUAAUUUUUGUGUCCUAUUAUUAUCAGGUAUAACCAGUAGCUUAAAUAAAUAGCGGGCAAUUUAACAACCAGUGUAUCCAAGUUUUAUUAUAAAAUUAUUUGUGACAGUUAAUAUGUUUAUGUGUAAAUCAAAUAAAUAUCAAUAACUUUAAAUACUAUUAUUGAAAUAAAGUGAAAAUGAUGAGGAUGAUGAAAAAAAUAACAAUAAUUUACUGUAAAAACUAUUUUUUAGUCAGGUUGAUAAUUAAAUAACUUAAAUGACAUAAUAAUAAUAAUAAUAAUAAUAUUUGAUGAAUUUGAAUAAAUCAAUAAUAUAAAGUUAUAAAAUAGAUUGUUGAUCGGGACAGAUAAAAGUUUAGGUGUAGUAGUUGUCGUAGUUGUUAGUUGGACGCGUGAGCGUGAGUACGUUAUGAGUGUAUUGUUUUUAUUGUUUUCGUCAGUUAGUAGUAGCAGUUGCAGUUAUUGCAGUUAUUGCUGUUAUUGCAGUAAAUUUUCAAAUGAAAAGAAAAAAAAUGUUGAGCCACUAGUGUUAUUAUCAUCAUCGUUAAUGCUCGACAGAGUGGAAAACCGUGACGGCUCCCGCCAGGACGAAAAAGACAGUAGUGGGCUGGUUAAUUAUAAAUUUAUAAAAAGUGUUGGCGUGCUGGAUGGUGGGAUUUCUAUUAACAUCAUCAGCACCACCAGCAGCAUCACCACCACAACCACCACCAUCAAUAAAAUAAUGCCUCGGACGAUUACAAGACGAGGAUUCCAGGCCCUUGUACUUGUACUCGUUACCGUUUAUGCAACCGUAUUAAUAUAUCAGGCAGUUUUGUCACCACCGGUUAUUUCCCCAGUCAUGUCACAUCAACAGUGGCCUGAAGAAAAUUUAAUUGGAUUAACUAACGGUCACAGUGUAAAUUUUCCAGUGCAAAGGCUAAUCGACGUCGAAGAAACAACUGUAACACCUUCACUGGCAACAGUUACAACAACAUCUUUAUCAACAAACCUUAAUGAUCUUUUUAUUAGUGUUAAAACUACAAGGCACUAUCAUCAUUCCCGGUUACCGGCUAUAAUCACCACGUGGUUUCAAGAUGCCAAAGAUCAGACGUGGUUCUUUACCGAUCGUGACGAUCCACAUUUUCAGAAUUUAACAAAUGGUCAUAUGAUCAAUACCAAAUGCUCAUCUUCUCACAAUAGGAGAGCAUUGUGCUGCAAGAUGUCUGUAGAACUGGAUACAUUUCUUGAAAGCGGUAAAAAAUGGUUUUGUCAUUUUGAUGAUGAUAAUUAUGUAAAUGUCCCACGUCUUUUGCGGUUGCUGGACAAUUACAAUCCUCGGAAAGAUUGGUAUCUUGGUAGACCCUCAAUACCAGCACCUUUGGAGAUUAUGAGACAACACGGAAGCUUAGCUGAACCUUCCAAACGAUUUCGCAAAGUUAAAUUUUGGUUCGCAACUGGAGGGGCAGGUUUUUGCAUCAGUCGAGCUCUGGCACUGAAAAUGGUUCCCGUAGCUGGAGGUGGAAAAUUUAUAACGGUUGGUGAUCGAAUCAGACUUCCCGAUGACGUGACAAUGGGUUACAUAAUUGAACAUCUUUUGAAAAAACAGCUUACGGUUGUCGAACAAUUUCACUCCCAUCUUGAACCGAUGAAAUUUCUCAACAACGAUACAUUUCACGAACAGAUAUCAUUCAGUUAUUCCAAGGGCCCCAGAGUCGAGUGGAACAUCGUUAAGAUUGACGGUUUUGACCUUAAGGAUGAUCCAAACAGAUUUCGAUCAAUACAUUGUCGUUUGUUUCGACAAACAGAGAUCAAUUGCCCUCACAGAUGAUGAUACACUACAAUUGUUUGUAGUUUGCAUAUCAAACGCUUUCAGUAAUUAAAUCGCGCGUAUCCAAAGAGAACGUCGUAUGCAUGUGAAAAAUAAUUUUUACCUUUGUUUCACAUAUUCUAUUUGUAUAUUUUGUAUAAAUAAUAUUAAUUAUC